UCUCACCAUCUUCCUCUGAAAUCACUGGAAAUGGGAAAGUUACCAUGAGGAAGACUGCUAGCAAAGCCAAGCCUGUCUCUUCUGGUAGCCCAUGGUACGGUCCUGAUCGUGUCAAGUACUUGGGUCCAUUUUCUGGUGAGGCCCCAAGUUACUUGACCGGUGAGUUCCCUGGUGACUAUGGAUGGGACACUGCCGGACUUUCAGCUGAUCCAGAAACUUUCGCCAAGAACCGUGAGUUGGAGGUGAUCCACUGCAGAUGGGCUAUGCUCGGAGCUCUUGGUUGUGUCUUCCCCGAGCUUUUGGCACGUAACGGUGUCAAGUUCGGUGAAGCUGUAUGGUUCAAGGCUGGAUCCCAAAUUUUCAGCGAGGGUGGACUUGACUACUUGGGCAACCCAAGUUUGGUCCACGCACAAAGCAUCUUAGCCAUCUGGGCUUGCCAAGUGGUGUUGAUGGGAGCCGUUGAGGGUUACCGUAUUGCUGGUGGGCCUCUUGGUGAGGUUGUUGAUCCACUUUACCCCGGUGGUAGUUUCGACCCAUUGGGUCUUGCUGAUGACCCGGAGGCUUUUGCUGAACUCAAGGUAAAAGAAAUCAAGAAUGGUAGACUUGCAAUGUUCUCCAUGUUUGGAUUCUUUGUUCAAGCUAUCGUUACUGGAAAGGGUCCAUUGGAAAACCUUGCCGAUCACCUUGCUGAUCCAGUAAACAAUAAUGCUUGGGCUUAUGCUACAAACUUUGUCCCAGGGAAGUGAACUUAAAAAAGAGUCUUGUUCUAUUAGGUGAUUGUUUGAUGGCCUUGUAAAGCUAUUGUGAAUUACAGGAAAUUAUAUAUGAAUUUGUUUUGUCUCCAGUA